AUGGGUAUCCCCAAGUUUUUCCGCUACAUCUCAGAGCGCUACCCGCUGACUUCUCAGCUGAUCCAGGAAAACAAGAUUCCAGAGUUUGACAACCUCUACUUGGACUUCAAUGGCAUCAUACAUAACUGCUCACAUCCUAACGACGGGGACGCCCAUUUCCGACUGUCAGAAGAGCAAAUAUUCACCUCUAUAUUCUCUUACGUGGACCUGCUCUUCGGGAAAAUCAAACCCAAGAAGCUGUUCUUCAUGGCCGUUGACGGGGUUGCUCCGCGAGCCAAGAUGAAUCAACAACGGGGUCGGCGAUUCCGCACAGCGAAAGAGGCCAGGGAACUUCGGGAGAAGGCCGAGGCGAAGGGAGAGGUCCUGCCAGUAGAGAAGGCAUUCGACAGCAACUGCAUCACGCCAGGAACACCGUUCAUGGCCAGAUUGUCCGAACAGCUGCGAUACUUCGUCAACAAGAAGAUUACGGAGGACUCAAAUUGGCGCGAUGUUGAGGUCGUGCUAUCCGGACACGAGGUACCUGGAGAAGGAGAACAUAAGAUCAUGGAAUAUAUCCGUCAUGCUCGAGCGCAACCCAACUACAAUCCCAACGUCCGACACUGUCUUUACGGUCUCGACGCGGAUCUCAUCAUGCUGUCCCUUCUCAGCCAUGACCCCCACUUCUGUCUCCUCCGUGAGGAGGUCAAGUUCGGGCCUUCUCGCAACAGCAAACGGGGCAACGCAUCACUAGACGCGACCAACUUCUAUCUUCUCCAUCUUUCUCUGAUGCGAGAGUACCUGGACCUCGAAUUCCGAGAAAUUGCACCGGUACUCGGAUUCGAAUACAACCUCGAGCGCAUCAUCGACGACUUCAUUCUCUUGGCGGUCUUCGUGGGGAAUGACUUCCUCCCUCAUCUGCCGGACUUGCACAUUCAUGAGAAUGGAUUACAGCGUCUGUGGGAUGUCUAUCGAAAGGUUCUUCCUGGAAUGGAUGGAUACAUCAACGAGAGCGGAGUCAUCAAUACAAAGCGACUACAAGUCGUGCUGGACGAAAUGGGGGAUUGGGAGCUGGAGGUUUUUGAGAAAGAAUAUGCGGAUCUAAAUUGGUACAAGGGGAAGCAGGCGAAGGUUGUUAAAGAGAUGGAGCUGGCGCGAGCGCGGAAUAAACUUGUCGUCACAAGGUCGCAGCGGGAGAUAUUCGACAAAGUGAAGACAUUCGUGGAGGAGAGCAGAGGCAAACGAGGGACUGCGAUACUGUCGAUGCGGAACGAGUUCCCAGCGAGAGAUAGGGUGUUCAUCCUCAAACUAGCGGAGGACCUCCAUCUAGGACUGAGAUGGGAUGAGUUUGACGAGGAGGACAGGAGUUUGGUGACAUGGCGCUUUCCAGGACAUGCAAGCGAAGAGGACCAGCCUAACGGUGGUCAUGACAAGGAUAAUGAUGAAGAUGAAGAUGAAGGGGAGUGGGAAGGCACGGACUCAGAGGAUGAUUCAGAGGCGGAAGCGGCAGUGGAGCGUGUGCUGAAGAAAUAUGAGAAAGCACCAGUCGCGGACGACGAUACAGAUGGCGGAUUUGACGCGAGGCAUGCCCGCUCCGUCAAUGAAAAGAUGGACGAGUGGAAGCGAAAUUACUACAAGGGCAAACUGGAAAUCUCGUAUGAUGACCCUGAAGAAAUGGGCGAUCUGGUCUAUCGCUAUGUCGAGGGGCUACAAUGGGUUAUGCUUUACUACUUCAGUGGUGUCGCAUCCUGGGGAUGGUUCUAUAACUAUCAUUAUGCGCCACGUAUCUCUGACUUGCGCGGGAUCGACAAGAUGGUAUUUAAAUUCGAGCUGGGACGACCAUUCCGGCCUUUUGAACAACUCAUGGGGGUGCUUCCUGUGGCCAGUAAAGACCAUAUCCCCCUCGCAUAUCAGAACUUGAUGUUUCACGUUGACUCGCCUAUUCGCGACUUCUAUCCUCUCGAAUUUGAGCAGGACCUCAAUGGGAAGAAGGCGGAAUGGGAGGCGGUUGUCAAGAUUCCCUUUAUUGACGAGAAAAGAUUGCUAGAAGCAAUGCAGCCCCGAGAGGAAAUACUUACAGCGGAGGAGAAAAGCCGCAAUUCAUUUGGGACAAGCACGAAGUUUAGCUACAGCCACGGCGAGCCGACACUCUACCCAUCCUCUUUGGAGGGUUUCUUCCCCCCGAUCAAUAACUGCACAUGCGUCAUGGAACCAUUCGAUCUCCCCACUCUUGACGGGUUACAUCCGGUUAUGGGGCUCGUUGAUGGUGUUCUCAUGGGCAAGGCUGCGCUUGCCGGUUUCCCUUCCCUCAACACUCUUCCUCAUACUGCCGUGUUGGGUGUCCACGGAGUAAACGUUCACGGGACAGAGAGCAAAAACAAGUCAAUCGUGGUGAAUAUCCAGAACCCACACGAAGCGCGCAAGACGGAGGACAUAGCCAAAGAAAUGAUCGGCAAGCGGACUUUCACUGGGUGGCCAUUCUUGCGGGAGGGAAUGGUUGUUGCAGUUUCAGACUCGCACUUCAAAUACGAUAAGAUGUCGCUGAUCUCUGGAGGGCCCCAGCGGGUCAUAUCGAACCCGCAUACACCACAUGGACUAGGUUAUUGGAAGAUGAAGGCCGAGCGGAUCGAGACAACGUAUUCGAAACGGAGCGGUGUUAUUACCGGCAUGAUAGAUGUCUUGCUACAUGUCCGUCCACUGAAAGGCAUGAAACGUCUUGAAUCUGGGGCUCUCGUCAAAGACUAUGAAGACGCGGACAAGGAGCAGGAGCACGCAGUCCAGAUGACCAUUUCAGAAGUCGCAUCCGAAGACCCCCGAUUUCUCGAGCGCGCGGCCCCGCCAUUGUCGGAAGAGUUUCCGGACGGAAGCAAGAUUUUCUUCUUGGGCGAGCAUGCAUAUGGCGUCGCCGCGGCCGUCUCUGCAACGACAGAAACGACACUCUCAGUUAUACUCGCAUUCUUCCCGACCGAGAAAGCCGAAAACGACCAAUUUAAAUCAAUUGUCGAGGCGCGCAAAUCCGUUCGGUAUUUCCCCUCUUUCCGUGUCGCGGACAUGCUCGGUAUUUCCGGGAGAGCACUCUCGAAAAUCACCUCUAGCUUCCUCGUUAUAACGGCAGACGGACAAAAAACCAAUCUUGGGUUGAAUCUCAAAUUUGACGCGAAAGCACUCAAGGUCAUCGACUACACACGCAAGGAGCAGAAACAUUGGGAGUUCAGUGAGAAGGCGAUUGAGCUCAUCCGGGAUUACAAGAAUAGGUUUCCAGCGAUCUUUUACUCCCUUGACGCUGGUGGAGACGCCAUUGGCAAAGCUUCCGAUCUUCUACAGGUCCCGGACCCAGACAGUGUCAUCCGCGAAGCCAAAGCAUGGCUAAAGGCAACCGGCAUACGGGAUAUGGAGGCGGUCUCGCUCUUCUGCGACCAGCUGGGGAAAGACACAGUUAUGGAGAUCGAGAAGCUUGCUGACAGCAUCUCCGCAAAUAAGGUGCCCUCAGCAAUCAAGAAGGCAAUCGUCAAAGGCAUCCCACGACAAGCUGUCCUCAAGCCCGCACAUGCAGUCUAUCGACUGCAGACCCAACAAUUUGCGCUCGGAGACAGAGUAACGAUGGUCCAGGACUCUGGUGCUGUACCCUUAUGUGUGAAGGGUGUGGUGAUUGGCCUGAAUGCAAAGACGAUGGACGUGGUCUGGGAUGUGCCCUUCAUGAGUGGGACGACAAUGGGCGAUAGGUGCUCCCAAUACCGUGGAUCUUCUGUUGAAUUCAAUACCUGCCUCAACUUGACGAAUCCCCAAUUCGUCACGUCCACGGCACCCAAAGCUGGUCCAGUACCCCCACCAGCUCCUCGAUCCCGCUGGACUGGUGCAGGACCCCAAACCCGUCUUGGGCAGAUCGCUACUAGUAGUCGUCAGGCACCAAUCUUGUCCCGCAGGGAUGACGGACAAGCGACUGAAGCCUAUCAAGCCCCAAUCGCCAUCAUGACCAAUCCUAACCGUGGACGAGGAGGCCCGUUGCCUAGCCGAGGAAUUGUCAGUCUCAAUGGCCAUGGAAACGCUUCGCUACCAAAUGCGCAUGCGCUGCCGUUUAUUCCUCGAGGAGAGGGUUCGGCUUUGGACACGCAUCCUCGAGGUCGCGGUGGUGCAUUACCAACGGGAACACCGGCUAUACCACCUUUCCGUGGGCGGGGAGGAGGCGGAGGGCUAAUUGAGCGGGGUGGGUAUAGAGGUGGGGCCAGAGGUGGUGCUGGUGCUCGUGGUGGGUUCCGCGGAGGAAGAGGCAGAGGGAGGGGAGGGCAAUUUUCACCGUCCGUCCCGUCUUAA